AUGCCUCCUAUAAGACGAAGCAAUUUAGGUAGAAGAACCAGAAAUGCUACAAACCAAGCUAAUUACCGAUCUAAUCGUACUGCACAAGAACGUGACGACGGAAAUGAACGUGAAAGAAUUCGGAUAUCACAAACGCGUGAAGCGCGAGCGCGACAUUCAACUAAUAAUCGCGCAAGUUUGAAUCGAGCUGCUUUCAGUUACGAUGUGUCAAUUGACUACAGUAACUACCAAUGUGUUGUUAUUGGUUCUAUGAACUCAGUUUGCUCACACUGUAAGGCAUUAAAAUACAAAAACGAAGCCAAUGGAUUGUGUUGCGCAAAUGGUAAAGUGAAAUUGAUACCAUUGGAUCCACCACCAGAACCAUUGUACUCAUUGGUUUCAGGAAUAGGAACAGAUUCUAUACACUUUUUGACACAUAUCCAACAAUAUAACAAUUGCUUUCAAAUGACUUCAUUUGGGACAACAAAUGUAGUUCGGGAAAAUUUUAUGCCAACUUUCAAGAUACAAGGACAAAUAUAUCACAGAGCAGGUUCACUGUUACCAGUGUCAGAUAGCGACAACAAAUUCCUGCAAAUUUAUUUUAUGGGCAAUUCACCACAAGAAAUUGAUCUGCGUUGUGCACAUAACAAUUUAGUAAAGAGGUCUAUUGUAGAACAAUUACAAACUUUAUUUCAUCAACACAAUCAAUUGAUUAUAUUGUUUAAAACUGCCCUGGAUCUGAUGCCAUCCGAUAAUCACAAAAUUGUAAUCAGAGCUGAUAAAACACCUGCAGGUCAACAUACAAGACGUUUUAAUGCACCAACUAUUGAUGAAGUUGCUAUCGUUGUAGUUGGAGAAAACUUGGAAUCCCGUGAUAUUGUUUUACAUCGUCGGAAUGAUCAAUUACAACGUAUAAAGGAAACACACCGCUCAUAUGAUGCACUGCAAUAUCCCAUUAUAUUUUGGCAAGGUGAAGAUGGCUACGAUUUCUCAAUAAAAAUGAUAAAUCCCAUUACAGGUUCUGAAACCAACAAAAAAGUCAGUUCAAUGAACUAUUAUUCAUACCGCCUAAUGAUUCGGGAAAAUGAAGAUAAUCACAUAUUGAAAUGUCGGCGAUUAUAUCACAAAUAUGUUGUUGACAUGUAUGUUAAAAUUGAAACGGAGAUAUUAACAUUCAUCAGGUUGAAUCAAACCAAACUCCGAUCUGGAGAGUAUAUUCACCUUCGAGAUGCGAUUAAUACUGAUGGAAAUGCACAGAAUGUCGGUCGGAUGACUAUUCUUCCAGCAACAUACAUCGGAAGCCCUCGGCAUAUGCACGAAUAUGCUCAAGAUGCCAUGUCGUAUGUUCGUCAUUAUGGUACAGCAGAUUUGUUCAUCACAUUUACAUGCAAUCCGCAAUGGAUAGAAAUCAAGCAGGAGUUAUUCUCUGGGCAAUCACCCAUUGAUCGUCAUGAUAUUACAGCCAGAGUCUUUAGACAAAAGUUGAAAUCUUUAAUGGAUUUCAUCGUAAAACAUAAUGUGUUUGGUGAGACACGCUGCUGGAUGUAUUCUGUGGAGUGGCAGAAACGAGGAUUGCCACAUGCACACAUUUUGAUUUGGUUGGUUGAAAAGAUAAGGCCAAAUGAAGUUGAUGCAGUGAUAUCAGCUGAAAUCCCUAAUGUACAAGUAGAUCCUGGAUUGCAUGAGGUAGUUAUCAAAAACAUGAUACAUGGUCCCUGUGGAACUCUUAAUCAAAAUUCACCGUGUAUGAUGGAUGGUAAAUGUUCAAAACGAUAUCCACGGACAUUAAUAUCGGAAACAAUUACUGGUAAUGACGGUUAUCCAUUGUAUCGUCGCAGAUCGACAGCAGACAAUGGAAAAUCAACAAUUGUCAAAUUAAAUCAACAAGAUAUUGAAAUAGAUAAUCGUUGGAUUGUUCCAUAUUCACCCAUUUUAUCAAAGACAUUCAAAGCACACAUCAACGUUGAAUCUUGCCAUUCAGUGAAAUCUAUUAAAUACAUUUGCAAAUAUGUAACCAAAGGGAGUGAUAUGGCUGUGAUUGGAAUUGGUGCAGAGAAUUCCAAUGAUGAAGUUACCCAAUACCAAAUGGGCCGCUAUGUCAGUAGUAAUGAAGCAGUUUGGCGAAUAUUUUCUUUUCCUAUUCAUGAGAGACACCCUUCUGUUGUUCACUUAGCUGUGCAUUUAGAAAAUGGACAAAGAGUGUAUUUUACAGCACAGAACGCAGUACAAAGAGCUGCUCAGCCACCAUCUACUACAUUAACCAGUUUUUUUGAGACAUGCCAAAACGAUGAUUUCGGACAAACAUUGCUAUAUUCUGAAAUGCCAAAAUAUUAUACCUGGAAUCAAUCCUCAAGGAGAUUUAUACGACGGAAACAAGGAAAACCAGUUCCAGAAUAUACAGAUGUAUAUUCCACCGAUGCGAUUGGCCGGAUUUAUUCAGUACAUCCAAGCAAUGAUGAAUGUUUUUAUUUACGACUGCUAUUAGUCAAUGUACGUGGCCCAACAUCAUUCCAACAAUUACGAACUGUUGAUGGUGAAUUGUGUGGAUCCUACAGAGAAGCCUGUCAACGUUUGCAAUUGCUUGAAAAUGACGCUCAUUGGGAUCAAACUCUCGAUGAUGCUGUAAUAUCAUCACACGCUCAUCAAAUACGAACAUUGUUUUCUAUAAUCAUAUCUACAUGCUUCCCAUCAAACCCAAUUGAUUUGUGGAUCAAGUACAAAGAUUAUAUGUGUGAUGAUAUUUUGUAUCAAAUACGGAAUAGAAUGGGAAAUCCAAAUAUACAAAUCAGUGAAGAAAUUUACAAUGAAGCAUUGAUUUCAAUUGAGGACAUGUGCUUGAUAAUGUCAAUCAAACUAUUAAUUCAAUUAGGCCUGACCGCGCCCAAUCGUCCAAUGCAUGACGCUUUUAACCAAGAGUUGCAUCGAGAAAGACUGUAUGAUCUCAACGCUUUGAAAGAAUUAAUUCAAACAAAUCUUCCACUGUUAAAUGAACAACAGAAGUAUGUAUUUGAAACUCUUAUGAAAGUAACAAAUGAUGAAACUGGAGGGAUUUACUUCUUAGAUGCACCUGGUGGUACAGGAAAAACUUUUUUGAUUUCAUUAAUAUUAGCAACAAUUCGCUCACAAAAUAAAAUUGCACUUGCACUCGCUUCGUCGGGAAUCGCAGCAACUUUGCUUGAAGGUGGUCGAACAGCCCAUUCAGCACUAAAAUUGCCAUUAAAUAUGCAAAGCAAUGAAACUCCAACCUGCAACGUUUCGAAGAACUCUGCAAUGGCAAAGGUUUUGCAGCAAUGUAAAUUGAUUGUUUGGGAUGAAUGCACGAUGGCACAUAAAAAAUCUUUGGAGGCUUUAGACAGAACCUUAAAAGAUCUACGGAGCAAUAAUAACCGAUUUGGUGGUGCAAUGAUUUUAUUAGCAGGAGAUUUUCGUCAAACAUUGCCAGUGAUUCCACGAUCAACGCCAGCUGAUGAACUCAAUGCAUGUCUAAAGUCCUCCAGUUUGUGGAAACAUGUCAAAGUACUUCAUUUAAGCAAGAAUAUGCGUGUCGAGUUGCAAAAUGACCAAUCUGGAAACAUAUUCUCUAAACAACUCAUUGACAUUGGUAAUGGCAAAUUUCCUAUAGACAUGUUGACUGGCUGCAUUAACUUUUCUCAAAGUUUUUGUCAGUUAACUCGAUCAAAAGAUGAACUUAUUCAGAAGGUGUUUCCAGAUGUUUCUCAAAAUUACAGAAACCAUGAUUGGUUGAGCGAACGAGCUAUACUGGCUGCAAAAAACAUAGAUGUAAAUUAA